AUGGAUCUCGUCUUCUACCUGCCUGAUGUCACCGGAACACAGAUUAGACAUGCUGCCUCUCAGCCUGAUGCCACCGUAACACAGAUUAGACAUGCUGCCUCUCAGCCUGAUGUCACCGUAACGCAGAUUAGACAUACUGCCUUUCAGCCUGAUGCCACCGGAACACAGAUUAUACAUGCUGCCUCUGAGCCUGAUGCCACCGUAACACAGAUUAGAUAUGCUGCCUCUCGGCAUGAUGCCACCGGAACACAGAUUAGACAUGCUGCCUCUCAGCCUGACAGCACCGUAACACAGAUUAGAAAUGCUGCCUCUCGGCCUGAUGUCACCGUGACACAAAUUAGACACGCUGCCUCUCGGUCUGAUGCCACCGUAACACAGAUUAGACAUGUUGCCUCUCGGCCUGAUGCCACCGUAACACAGAUUAGACAUACUGCCUCUCAGCCUGAUGUCACCGUAACACAGAUUAGACAUACUGCCUUUCAGCCUGAUGCCACCGAAACACAGAUUAUACAUGCUGCCUCUGAGCCUGAUGCCACCGUAACACAGAUUAGACAUGCUGCCUCUCAGCCUGGUGUCACUGUAACACAGAUUAGACAUGCUGCCUCUCAGCCUGAUAGCACCGUGUCACAGAUUAGACAUGCUGCCUCUCAGCCUGAUGCCACUGUAACACAGAUUAGACAUGCUGCCUCUCAGCCUGGUGUCACUGUAACACAGAUUAGACAUGCUGCCUCUCAGCCUGAUAGCACCGUGUCACAGAUUAGACAUGCUGCCUCUCGGCCUGAUGUCACCGUAACACAGAUUAGACAUGCUGCCUCUCGGCCUGAUGCCACUCCUGAUGUCACCGGAACACAGAUUAGACAUGCUGCCUCUAAGCCUGAUGCCACCGUAACACAGAUUAGAUAUGCUGCCUCUGAGCCUGAUGCCACCAGAACACAGAUUGUGCAUGCUACCUCUCAGCCUGAUGCCACCUUAACACAGAUUAGACAUGCUGCCUCUCGGCAUGAUGCCACCGGAACACAGAUUAGACAUGCUGCCUCUGAGCCUGAUAGCACUGUAACACAGAUUAGACAUGCUGCCUUUCAGCCUGAUGCCACCGAAACACAGAUUAGACAUGCUGCCUCUCAGCCAGAUGUCACUGUAACACAGAUUAGACAUGCUGCCUCUCAGCCUGAUGCCACUGUAACACAGAUUAGACAUGCUGCCUCUCAGCCUGAUGUCACCGUAACACAGAUUAGACAUGCUGCCUCUCCACCUGAUAGCACCGUAACACAGUUUAGACAUGCUGCCUCUCGGCCUGAUGCCAACGAAACACAGAUUAAACAUGCUGUCUCUCGGCCUGAUGUCACCGGAACACAGAUUAGACAUGCUGCCUCUCGGCCUGAUGCCACCGUAACAGAGAUUAGACAUGCUGCCUCUCAGCCUGAUGUCACCGUAACGCAGAUUAGACAUACUGCCUUUCAGCCUGAUGCCACCGGAACACAGAUUAUACAUGCUGCCUCUGAGCCUGAUGCCACCGUAACACAGAUUAGACAUGCUGCCUCUCGGCUUGAUGCCAGCGUAACAGAGAUUAGACAUGCUGCCUCUCAGCCUGAUGUCACCCCUGAUGCCACCGGAACACAGAUUAUACAUGCUGCCUCUCAGCCUCAUGCCACCGUAACACAGAUUAGAGAUGCUGCCUCUCGACAUGAUGCCACCGUAACACAGAUUAGACAUGCUGCCUCUCAGCCUGAUAGCACCAUAACACAGAUUAGACAUGCUGCCUCUCAGCCUGAUGUCACCGUAACACAGAUUAGACAUACUGCCUCUCAGCCUGAUGCCACCAGAACACAGAUUAUGCAUGCUACCUCUCAGCCUGAUGCCACCGUAACACAGAUUAGACAUGCUGCCUCUCGGCAUGAUGCCACCGGAACACAGAUUAGACAUGCUGCCUCUGAGCCUGAUAGCACCGUAACACAGAUUAGACAUGCUGCCUCUCAACCUGAUGCCACCGAAACACAGAUUAGACAUGCUGCCCCUCAGCCUGAUGUCACCGGAACACAGGUUAGACAUGCUGCCUCUCAGCCUGAUGCCACCGUAACACAGAUAAGACAUGCUGCCUCUCAGCCUGAUGUCACCGUAACACAGAUUAGACAUGCUGCCUCUCCAUCUGAUAGCACCGUAACACAGAUGAGACAUGCUGCCUUUCAGCCUGAAGCCACCGGAACAGAGAUUUUACAUGCUGCCUCUGAGCCUGAUGCAACCGUUACACAGAUUAGACAUGCUGCCUCUCGGCAUGAUGCCACCGGAACACAGAUUAGACAUGCUGCCUCUCAGCCUGAUAGCACUGUAACACAGAUUAGACAAGCUGCCUCUCAGCCUGAUGCCACCGUAACACAGAUUAGACAUGCUGCCUCUCAGCCUGAUGCCACCGUAACACAGAUUAGACAUGCUGCCUAUCAGCCUGAUGCCACCGUAACAUAG